CCCACAACCAACCCUCAACAGUCAAGUUCACUAUCAUGCAAAUCUUCGUAAAGACCCUCACCGGAAAGACCAUUACUCUUGAGGUCGAAUCGUCCGACACUAUCGACAACGUCAAGGCAAAGAUCCAAGACAAGGAAGGUAUCCCUCCUGACCAGCAGCGGCUUAUCUUCGCCGGCAAACAACUUGAGGAUGGCCGUACCUUGUCCGACUACAAUAUUCAGAAAGAGUCGACCCUUCAUCUUGUUCUCCGCUUGCGCGGCGGCAUGCAGAUCUUCGUGAAGACGUUGACGGGCAAGACCAUUACAUUGGAGGUCGAAUCAUCUGACACGAUCGAUAAUGUCAAGGCCAAGAUUCAGGAUAAGGAAGGAAUUCCUCCUGAUCAGCAACGCCUCAUUUUUGCCGGCAAACAACUCGAGGAUGGUCGCACGCUCUCUGACUAUAACAUUCAGAAGGAGUCUACUUUACAUCUCGUCCUCCGCCUCCGCGGUGGCAUGCAGAUCUUCGUUAAGACUUUGACAGGGAAGACCAUCACGUUAGAGGUCGAGUCGUCGGAUACCAUCGAUAACGUCAAAGCGAAGAUCCAAGACAAGGAAGGAAUCCCUCCUGAUCAGCAGCGUCUCAUCUUUGCGGGCAAGCAGCUUGAAGAUGGUCGUACUUUGUCGGAUUACAACAUCCAAAAGGAGUCCACUCUUCAUUUGGUUUUGCGCCUGCGAGGUGGGAUGCAAAUCUUUGUGAAGACGCUUACUGGCAAGACUAUUACGUUGGAGGUGGAGUCUUCAGAUACCAUCGACAACGUUAAGGCCAAGAUUCAGGACAAAGAAGGGAUCCCUCCCGAUCAGCAACGCCUCAUCUUCGCUGGCAAACAGUUGGAGGAUGGCCGGACUCUUUCUGACUACAACAUUCAGAAGGAAAGCACCCUUCACCUGGUGUUGCGUCUUCGUGGAGGAAACUGAUUCUGUUGAGUCCGGUAGUUGUAUCAUACAUGUCAAUUUGUACGCCCAUUGAAAUCCAAUUCACUAUCAUAUAU